AUGGCGUUGCUUGUAUACGUGGAUGACAUUUUAAUCACAGGACCAUCUCUUGAUGACAUUGCUCAAGUGAAGCAAUACCUCCAUCAGUUGUUCACUAUUAAGGACUUGGGAGAUGCGAGAUAUUUUCUUGGCCUCGAAAUAGCACGAGGAUCUUCAGGUCUAUACAUUGCCCAGACUAAGUACAUUUUAGACAUUGUGAAGGACACUGGUUUGCUUAAGGCAAAGCAUGCAUCGAGCCCUUUUCCUGCUGGUUUGAAGUUGGCUGCAGGCUCUGGUUCUCCCUUCUCUCGCCUUGAUUCAUAUAGGAGACUUGUUGGCAGAUUGCUUUAUUUGGGUUUCUCACGACCGGACAUUUCAUAUCCUGUACAACAGCUCAGUCAGUACCUCAAUCAUCCCCCUGAUUCUCACUGGAAAGCAGCUUUACAUGUGGUGCGAUAUUUGAAAGGAAGUCCAUCGAAAGGUCUUUAUUUUCCCAAUUCAAAUACUUUUAAUCUUCGUGCGUUUUGUGAUGCAGAUUUGGCCUCGUGUUUGGAUUCUAGACGCUCUCUCACGGGUUAUUGCAUCUUCUUGGGUGAUGCAUUGGUGUCUUGGAAGACCAAGAAACAAUCAACUGUUUCUCGGUCGACUGCAGAAUUUGAGUAUAGAAGCUUGGCAUCAACUGUUUGUGAGCUUCGCUGGGUCUCUUACAUAUUAUCUUAUUUCAAUAUUCCUGUUACGCUUUCGAUUGACUUUUUUUGUGAUAAUAAAGCUGUCUUGCACAUCUUGGCAAAUUCGGUAUUCCAUGAGCGGACGAAACACAUUGAGUUAGAUUGUCAUCUUGUCAGAGAUGCUUAUAAAGACGGGUUUAUUUCCCCUUCUUUCAUUCCUGGUUUUCAGCAACUGAUCGAUGUUUUUACUAAGUCUAUACCACUGAAACCAUUUUUAUCCAUCACUUCCAAGUUGGGUUUGGCUCGUUUGGUCCCAGUCCCACUUGUGGGGAGGCUAUUGGAGUUUAUCAUCCUCAGCAUUCUGAGUUACAGCAGCAGCAGAGUGUGCAUUUGGAGAAACAGGGGCAGCAGCUUGAUAUUGAGGAAGAAGACAUCGGGUUUCUGGACAAAGGCUGAAGAAAGUCGCAUUACUUCAAUGCGUUUCUUUUGUACUGUUGUUUAA